UCGCUCUCUAGGGCAUCCCAAAACUGGCAUUUCAAAAUUCACUUUCCUGCUCUGUUGGAGGUUCCUCAACUGUGAGGGAGAUGAAGGAUCAGAACCCGGGAUCCGGAACUUGACAGUGUCAAACCAAGCCUGUGCCUCACCACAGUCUUGCGCUGCAGCUGUUUUCAUUAACGCCAUUUUACAGGGGGGAAAAAUUGAGUUUCAGAGAGUAAGUGACUCUGGAUGUCACAGCGGAGAUGGCGGAACAUGGAUUACGGCCCCAGCCUGGACUUGCCUCCAGUCCAGGGAGUGACUGACAGUGUCACUGUUGCAAGGGCAGCACCAUUGCCCAGCAAAGGGACGCGACCACUGUGGCAGGUGCUGCUAGGGCCUCCACAGCAAAAGGGGCAACGCAGGACCCGGUCGCGGCGAGCGCGAAGGUGGUGAGGCGGCGGCCCGGCUGCGGCGGUGAGGAGGAGCUGGACUCUAGGUCCCGCCCCCCGAGGGCGGGGCCGCCGGGCAGCCCCUGCGCUGUGAUUGGCUGGCCCGUCCAGGGAGCAUCGCGAUUGGGCGCCUUGCAGCCGUUGAGUUUUGAACUCCGUUUUUGUGGCUUUGCCCGCGCGGUGCUUGACUCAGAGGCGGGUGUUUGUCGCAGCCCGCCGAGGAUUGCCUGAUCGCGCUGCCAACUUGAACACUGCCUCGCUGAUUGGCGCGCAUCGUGCACUCGUGUUUUUUCCUGCCAUUUCAGCCCGACUGCGGGAGCCCAAGGAUCGGCGAGUGAAGUCCUCAGCCCUGUGGGCCGGUGAGUGAAGGAUGUCUCCCCAGCUGUUUGAGUUCCAUCUGCCCUUAUCCCCAGAGGAGCUGUUGAAAAGUGGAGGGGUGAAUCAGUAUGUUGUGCAAGAGGUACUGUCCGUCAGACACCUUCCGCUACAGCUCAGAGCAUUUCAGGCUGCCUUCCGAGCUCAGGGGCCCCUGGCUAUCCUGCAGCACUUUGAUACCAUCUACAGCAUUUUACAUCACUUUCGAAGUAUAGACGCUGGCCUCAAGGAAGAUACUCUGGAAUUCCUGAUGAAAGUGGUGUCGCGCCACUCCCAGGAGCUUCCAGCCAUCUUGGAUGAUGCAACCUUGAGUAUAUCAGAUAGAAAUGCCCAUCUAAAUGCGCUGAAGAUGAACUGCUAUGUUCUCAUACGCCUCCUGGAAUCUUUCGAGACCAUGGCCAGCCAGACAAACCACAUGGACCUGGACCUUGGUGGGAAGGGUAAGAAAGCCCGGACCAAGGCAACGCAUGGUUUUGAUUGGGAGGAAGAGAGACAACCAAUUCUUCAGCUUUUAACGCAGCUACUCCAAUUAGAUAUUCGUCACCUGUGGAACCACUCAAUCAUUGAAGAGGAGUUUGUCAGUUUGGUUACUGGCUGUUGCUAUCGCCUUCUGGAGAACCCCACCAUCAAUCACCAGAAGAACCGGCCCACACGGGAAGCCAUAACACACCUGCUUGGUGUGGCCCUGACACGUUAUAACCACAUGCUCAGUGCCACUGUGAAGAUCAUUCAGAUGCUGCAGCACUUUGAACACCUGGCACCUGUGCUGGUGGCGGCUGUGAGUCUAUGGGCGACAGAUUAUGGAAUGAAGAGCAUAGUGGGAGAGAUUGUAAGAGAGAUUGGACAGAAAUGUCCCCAGGAGCUGAGCCGGGAUCCUUCAGGGGCAAAGGGCUUUGCAGCCUUCCUGACAGAACUUGCAGAACGUGUCCCAGCUAUCCUGAUGUCCAGUAUGUGCAUUCUGCUCGAUCAUCUGGACGGAGAGAAUUACGUGAUGCGCAAUGCUGUGCUAGCAGCCAUGGCAGAGAUGGUACUGCAGGUCCUGAAUGGCGAUCAGCUGGAGGAAGCAGCCCGAGAAACCAGAGACCAGUUCUUGGAUACCUUGCAAGCCCACGGCCAUGACGUCAACUCCUUUGUGCGGAGCCGGGUUUUGCAGUUGUUCACCCGUAUCGUUCAGCAGAAGGCUCUGCCCCUGACCCGGUUCCAGGCUGUGGUGGCCUUAGCAGUGGGACGUCUGGCAGACAAGUCAGUGCUGGUGUGCAAAAAUGCCAUCCAGCUGCUGGCCAGUUUUCUGGCCAAUAAUCCCUUUUCCUGCAAGCUUAGUGAUACUGACCUUGCUGGACCACUGCAGAAGGAGACCCAGAAAUUACAAGAGAUGAGAGCCCAGAGGCAAGCUGCAGCUGCCCCUGCAGAACUCGACCCCGCAGAGGAGUGGGAAGCCAUGCUGCUGGAGCUGAAGUCCACGCUGCAGCAGCUUCUGCAGCCUCCCCAGGAGGAAGAGGAGAUUCCUGAGCAAAUCGCUAGUACUGAGACUGCUGAAGACGUGGAGAGACGCAUCCGUCAGCUGCUUGCCAAAGCCAGCUAUAAACAGGCCAUCAUUCUCACCCGCGAAGCCACAGGCCACUUCCCCGAGUCCAAGCCCUUCAGUCAUGUAGACCCAGAGGAUUCGGAGGAGACCAGGUUCCUGAAUGUCUUAGCGACCAUCUUCAAAGGCCCAGCAGUUGCCACGCAGAAGAAUCCCCAGGCAGAGAACACAGGCCCGGAGCAGCCUGUCGGUACGGACAAGCCCAGCGCGUCAGAGCUGGAGGAGGCCCGGGGCAGCGAUGACCUGGUGAAGCAGGAGAUGCUGGUGCAGUACCUGCAGGAUGCCUACAACUUCUCUCGCAAAAUUACAGAGGCCAUCAGCAUCAUUAGCAAGAUGAUGUAUGAAAACACAACCACAGUGGUACAGGAGGUGAUUGAAUUUUUUGUGAUGGUGUUCCAAUUUGGGGUACCCCAGGCCCUGUUUGGGGUGCGCCGCAUGCUGCCUCUCAUCUGGUCUAAGGAGCCUGGUGUCCGGGAAGCUGUGCUUAACGCCUACCGCCAGCUCUACCUCAACACCAAAGGGGACUCGGCCAGAGCCAAGGCCCAGGCUUUGAUUCAGAACCUCUCCUUGCUGCUAGUGGAUGCCUCAGUUGGGACCAUGCAGUGUCUCGAGGAAAUCCUUCGUGAGUUUGUGCAGAAGGACGAGCUGAAGCCAGCGGUGAUCCAGCUGCUAUGGGAGCGGGCCACCGAGAAGGUCCCCUGCUCGUCCCUGGAGCGCUGCUGCUCUGUCAUGCUGCUCGGCAUGCUGGCACGAGGAAAACCAGAAAUUGUGGGAAGCAAUUUGGACACGCUGGUGAGCCUCGGGCUGGAGGAGAAGGCCCCGCAGGACUACAGGCUGGCCCAGCAGGUGUGCCAUGCCAUUGCCAACAUCUCCGACAGGAGGAAGCCUUCUCUGGGCAAGCGUCAGCCUCCCUUCCGGCUGCCUCAGGAACACAGGUUAUUUGAGCGACUGCAGGACUUGGUCACGAAAGGCUUUGUGCACCCAGACCCACUCUGGAUCCCAUUCAAAGAGGUGGCCGUGGCCCUCAUUUACCAACUGGCCGAGGGCCCCGAGGUGAUCUGUGCCCGGAUCUUGCAGGGCUGUGCGAAGCAGGCCCUGGAGAAGCUGGAGGAGAAGAGCCCAUCCCAGGAGGGCCAGAAGGAGGCUGUCCCAAUGCUCCCCACUUUCCUGUUGAUGAAUCUGCUGUCCCUGGCGGGGGACGUGGCUCUGCAGCAGCUGGUGCACUUGGAACAGGCAGUGAGCGGAGAGCUCUGUCGGCGGCGAGUUCUCCGGGAGGAACAGGAGCACAAGACCAAGGAGCCAAAGGAGAAGAACACGGGCUCUGAGACCGCCAUGGAGGAGGAGCUGGGACUGGCCGGGGCUACCGCCGACGACACGGAGGCAGAGCUCGUCCGCAGCAUCUGCGAGAUGGAACUCUUGGACGGCAAACAAGUGCUGGCUGCCUUCGUCCCGCUGCUGCUCAAAGUCUGCAACAACCCUGGCCUCUACAGCAACCCAGACCUCGCUGCGGCUGCUUCGCUCGCUCUCGGCAAGUUCUGCAUGAUCAGUGCCACUUUCUGUGACACCCAGCUGCGUCUUCUGUUCACCAUGCUGGAGAAGUCCUCCCUCCCCACGGUGCGGUCUAAUCUCAUGGUUGCUACUGGGGACCUGGCCAUCCGCUUCCCCAACCUGGUGGACCCCUGGACCCCGCACCUCUAUGCUCGUCUCCGGGACCCAGCUCCCCAAGUGCGCAAGACAGCAGGGCUGGUGAUGACCCACCUGAUCCUAAAGGACAUGGUGAAGGUGAAGGGGCAGGUGAGCGAGAUGGCUGUGCUGCUCAUCGACCCCGAGCCUCAGAUCGCCGCCCUGGCCAAGAACUUCUUCAAUGAGCUUUCGCAUAAGGGCAACGCCGUCUACAACCUGCUCCCGGACAUCAUCAGCCGCCUGUCAGACCCCGAGGCUGGGGUGGAGGAGGAGCCUUUCCGCACCAUCAUGAAGCAGCUGCUCUCCUACAUCACCAAGGACAAGCAGACCGAGAGCUUGGUGGAGAAGCUGUGCCAGCGCUUCCGCACCGCCCGAACCGAGCGGCAGCACCGGGACCUGGCCUACUGCGUGGCACAGCUGCCCCUCACGGAGCGAGGCCUCCGCAAGAUGCUGGACAGCUUUGACUGCUUUGGAGACAAACUGUCAGAUGAGUCGGUCUUCAGCGCCUUCUUGUCGGUCGUGGGCAAGCUGCGGCGCGGGGCCAAGCCCGAGAGCAAGGCCAUGAUAGAUGAAUUUGAGCAGAAGCUUCGGGCCUGUCACACCAGAGGCUUGGAUGGAGUAGAGGAGCUUGAGAUGGGCCAAGGGGGUAGCCAGAGAGCCCCGUCAGCCAAGAAGCCGGCCCCAGCCCCCAGGCACCAGGCAGCCUCAGACAGUGACUUCGCCACGCCCAUGGCCCGCCGGCCCACCCGUCGCCAGCCACACACCCAGCAGCGAGCUUUCAAAAAGAAACCCAAAAUCGUCUUCUCCAGCGACGAGUCCAGCGAGGACGAGCUGUCAGCAGAGAUGACGGAAGAAGAGACACCCAAGAAGACAACCCCCCUCCGCCGAGCCAGCACCCGCAGGCGCAGGUCCUAGGGCGUCGCCUGCCUGUCCCCUCCCUGCUGUGCAGGGAUCUUAGGAGAUGGCCGGACCUCAGCCCACGCCCCUGGAAAGUACUCUCCUGCCUCCUUGUGUUUUUAACGCUGAAGCAGCCUUCAGGGCACAAACGUUUCUCUUCAACUCGCCUUGCUGGCCGCAGUCCCGCUGCCUGCACUACUUGUUGACUCCCCGUUUCCCUGUGAAUAAAUGUGGUUUUUAUACUUUUA